GCUAGCUAGCUAUGUUCAGAUCUAAAACGAGCCAAACAAAGCAGAGAACAACCUCAUCAGAAACCAUGGAGGGCCAGAUAGAAUCUCUAAUCCGUCAUGGGUGUAAGGUAGCUAGAGAACUUGAAUCAAACCUACCAAAAUUGGCCGACAACCCAAACAUGCUCUCCAAGUCCUGUGACGAGAUCAUAAAGGCUUUCGGAACCGCGAAGGAACGGCUAUACACUCAAGACCCUACGGCACAUGAUCCCAGGCACAUGUACUUACUCCGUGAACCGCAGGAAUCACAGCAACCUAAGAUUGAAGCAAGUUUGCAGGGAUGGCUAAGGUCUAGUUACACCCAAACAAUGGACGACAUGUUUCAAAUGCAACUUCAAGCUGAAAGGAGACCCCCCUUCGAUAUGCAGGAGUCGGGUUCCAAUGCCGUCCUUGCUGCUGGAUUGGGUGGAGGAGAGGUCGAAGGCUCUGCUCGAUCUUGGAGCAUGGGAGGAGAUCAGCUUCGGCCCCUCGACGCUUCAGAUUCUGGCAUCGGUUCAUCCUCGCAAAGACAGCGAAGGAGGAAGGAUGAUGGGGAGAGACGGACAGUGAAGAUGGCUGCACCUCGAAUUGGAAAUACUGAGAUUCCACCCGAGGAUGGAUACACUUGGAGAAAAUACGGGCAGAAAGAGAUUCUCGGCUCAAGAUUCCCAAGGAGUUACUAUAGGUGCACCCACCAAAAGUUAUACCAAUGUCCAGCCAAGAAGCAAGUCCAGAGGCUCGAUGAUGAUCCCAGCACGUUUGAAGUGACUUACCGAGCUGAUCACACAUGCCACAUGUCGUCCACCGCACCAUCAUUAAUUCCACCAUUACCCCUUACAGCAACUGAAAUUACCCAUGAGAUGGCCCAAACUAUAACCACCCAACCUCCUCAAUCUAAUUCAGUUCCUCUAAGCAAAUGGCUCUCAAUGGAGCACUUCAGCCUAAGAACCGGAGCAGUGAGCAGCACCAGUGGCAUGGUUGUCGGUGGUGGUGCGGGUCCAUCCACCUCGCGAAGUGGCAAAGAAGUUGAAUGCCCGGUUGCAGAUAUGGCCGAUGCAAUGUUUAACUCUGGCAGCAGUAGUAGCAAUAGCAUGGACUGGUUGUUAGGUGACAAAUGGGAGUCAGAAGACAAAGAAGGUAAAUAGAC